CGAGCCCAGAUUACAGGAACAACCUGUUCAUCGACGAUACCAUCCGGCCAAGCUGUAUCAAUUUUAUUCAUCGAGCCCAGGAGCGCAAAGAUGCCCAGGAUCUUUGGGCGCCGGUCAACCUCUCUGAAGCUUAUGAGCCCUCCAGACUCUAUGCCUCUCUCAGAACAAGAGCAUCACAAUUCCUCGGACAAUCACCAUGAUUCGGCUUACUCCUCGCUGCUGGAUCCCAUGGUGCGCGCAAUGGAGCCGCCAGAACACCGCCGGACCAAAUCCACACCAAGCGGAUGGAUGCAAGGCUUUGCAACUUCUGGACAAGACGUCUCACACCGGACGUGGUUGAGUGCCGCCGAAAGACGCUCCUCUUCAACUGGCGAGCGUCCACCUCCUCGGAAGCUGGUCAAAGACCCCAACGGCUCCGGCCGGCCGUCGUUCUCCGUGGAGCUUUCGGAUAGUGACGGGGAGAAGGAGAAGGGUGUCAUACGACGACAGCUCACCAGACUGAGGAGCUUCUACCGACGAGAGAAGUCAAAACCCUGAGGAGGACCGCUGAUCAUCCUCAGCUUGCUGCUGACUUGUGAUGUUUAUUAAAAGUCAUGAUGUUGGCGGCAGGGAAAACGGAUCACGACAACUUCAAACUUGUGGUUGGUUGUUCGGAGGAUUUCCGUCUUUGGGGAGGACAGUUACAGUAGGCGCAUUUUGCUUGAAGACCCGCUCCGCCGACACCGACACCGACCCGCUUUUCCUUGGCAGCCACUACCAUUCCUACGAUCACAACUCUCGUCGGUUAUCGGUUCAUG